GUAUUUUUGCUGCAGAUCCUGAACACACAAGCACACAACACUUGCAUGUCCAAUUGUCCACCUAAUUUCUGACUUAAGAUCCAUAUCAAUUAUCAAGUUCUUCACUUACUCAUAAGUCAUAAAAAAAACCCAUGAUGAACCACAUGAAACAAUUACACAAACAAUCAACAAGAAGAGAUGAAGAAUCACCACCCACUACUACUGCUUACUCACCUAAAUCUCUUAAACACUCCCAGUCAUCAUCACCUAAAAUCUUUUCAAGAUCCAUCAACUACAUCUUCAAAGAACAACGCUUUUUAUUCAUCCUGAUAGGAAUCUUGAUUGGAUCCACAAUUGUUAUCAUCAAACCAACAAUACCCACAAUUACUAUCUCAGAAAAUGAUAGAAUCACCGAAAUUACGAAAAUGCCACUACCCAGAUCAGUUCAAAGUUCCAAUCUUUAUCGCCCGGAGAGUGGUGGGGUUGGCCGGAUUCCGGUGGGUAUUGGCCGGAAAAGAUGGAGGGUGGUUGUGACUGGUGGUUCAGGGUUUGUGGGUAGUCAUUUAGUUGAUAAGCUGAUUGCUAGAGGUGAUGACGUCAUCGUUAUUGAUAAUUUUUUUACUGGAAGAAAACAGAAUGUUGAACAUCAUUUUGGGAAUCCGAGGUUUGAGUUAAUUAGACAUGAUGUUGUUGAACCUAUUUUGUUGGAAGUUGAUCAGAUUUAUCAUUUGGCUUGUCCUGCUUCCCCUGUUCAUUACAAGUAUAAUCCUGUCAAGACUAUUAAGACCAAUGUGAUGGGCACCUUAAACAUGCUGGGACUUGCCAAGAGAAUUGGGGCAAGAUUUUUGCUUACAAGUACCAGCGAGGUUUAUGGAGAUCCUCUCGAGCAUCCACAAAAGGAGACAUAUUGGGGUCAUGUGAAUCCAAUUGGUGUUAGGAGCUGCUAUGAUGAAGGGAAAAGGACAGCUGAAACCUUGACUAUGGAUUAUCAUCGAGGUGAUGGUGUAGAGGUCCGAAUUGCACGUAUCUUUAACACGUAUGGUCCUAGGAUGUGUUUGGAUGAUGGUCGUGUUGUUAGCAACUUUGUUGCACAGGCCAUUCGUAAACAACCAAUGACAGUUUAUGGUGAUGGAAAACAAACACGAAGUUUCCAAUAUGUCUCUGACUUGGUUGAUGGACUCAUGGCACUAAUGGAAGGUGAGCACAUUGGACCGUUUAACCUGGGCAAUCCAGGAGAAUUCACCAUGCUAGAACUUGCUCAGGUGGUGAAAGAAACAAUUGACCCAAGUGCUACUAUAGAGUUCAAAGAUAACACUGCAGAUGAUCCUCAGAAGAGGAAACCGGAUAUUAGCAAGGCAAAAAGUUUGCUUAACUGGGAGCCCAAAAUUACACUCCGUGAGGGUUUGCCACGGAUGGCGGCUGAUUUCAGAAAACGUAUCUUAAAUGAAGAUGAGGGCAAAGGCAACAAGUGAGAUGACAGAUACCAAAUACAUGUAUAUAUUCAGCCACCUAUACCUGUAUGGUGUUUAAUUCUUUGAUAUUUGUUUUUUGAAUUUCCUUUUUCCCACUUAACAAAAACCCCACUGUGAUUCAAUGGUAACUCCUGCAUGUAGAGGAGUUAUAAAGGUGUUAUUGAGUUGAACCCUUUAAAGAGCAUGUUGUAUUAGUGUAAUAUAUAUUUUGAUGUAUCAUUAAGAUUUUGUUUUAUUUUUAAGAACUUUCUUUCUUUUA